GUGAGGUCAAGUGAAAAUUGGCCUUUUUUUCCCAAUGACUCCCUCCCUCCCCUUUGCCCUAUUCCCUUUCCACUCCAAAUUCGUUCCCUCUAUGAACAAUCAUCAACACAGGCAUUUGUGUGUACAGCUUUUAGAGCCAUUUCAAUGCUCUCUAGCUGAAAGGAUAUUUUCUUUUCGUGCCAAGAUCAAACACCAGAUCCCUUCAUUACCAAACACUUUUUCUCAAUACUCUAUGAGGCAAUGGUGCAUGACGAAGGGGUUACAAAUUAAAUCGUGGAUAUCAAAUGUCAAGUCAGUACUUAGGAUGACUUCAUUUAUGAGAUCGAAUUCAACAUGUAUUGGAUGCUCUUUGGGACUCAGGGGGUAACGUGGUAGCCAUAGGCAGGUAUUUGUAUUUUGCCUCAGUGAUAGGACUUGAUAGCCAAUAUAAUUCCAUUCUUUUUCCUUCAGUCA